AGACCGGGCGCGGAAGUUGGCGGUGUCAGCGCGGCCGCCGGUCGAGGCCCGCGGCCAUGUCCACAGAGGGCGCCGGGUCCGGCGGGCAGGAGGGGGCCGCGCGCGCGGCGGCGGCGCUCUGCGGCCUGUACCACGAGGCCGGGCAGCGGCUGAGGCGCCUGGAGGACCAGCUGGCUGCCCGGGACGCCCUCAUUGAGCGCCUGCGCGCCCGCUUGGCCGCGCUCGAGGGGGACGCGGCGCCCUCGCUCGUGGACGCGCUGCUGGAGCAGGUGGCGCGCUUCCGGGAGCAGCUCCGGCAACGGGAGGGCGGCGCAGACGAAGCGGCGCUGCGCCAGGAAAUUGAGAGACUUUCAGAGCAACUAGAAGAGAAAGAGAAGGCAGCGCAGCAGCUGAUGAGCCAGCCAGAGCACGAGCGGGAGAAGGAGGUGGCCCAGCUGCGGAGGAGCGUGGCAGAGAAGGAACGUGCCCGGGCUGCCAGCGACAUCCUGUGCCGCUCCUUGGCUGAGGAGACCCAUCAGCUGCGGAGGACUCUGGCCGCCACCGCCCACAUGUGCCAGCAUCUGGCUAAGUGUCUGGAUGAACGACAGCAUGCUCAGGGGGACGUGGGGGACAAGAGCCCCGAGCCAGAGUGUACAGACAUGGCUGCCUCUGUCCAGGCCGUUAUUGAGAAGUUACGGGAAGAAAAUCGACUAUUACGACAGAAGGUGACUCAUGUGGAAGACCUCAAUGCCAAGUGGCAGCGCUACGACGCCAGCAGGGAUGAGUAUGUGCGGGGGCUCCAUGCACAGAUGCAGGGGCUGCGGGCGCCCCCCGAGCCAGCCAGGCCCUCUUGCCCUGAGCUGAUGAGGAAGGAGAUUUCUAGGCUCAACAGGCAGCUGGAGGAGAAGAUCCGUGCCUGCGCCGACGUGAGGCGGGAGCUGGUGGCCGUGCGGGGGGCGCGUGAUGCGGCGCUGGAACGGGUGCAGAUGCUGGAGCAGCAGAUCCUCGCUUACAAGGAUGAUUUCACCUCAGAACGUGCAGACCGAGAGCGGGCCCAGGGCAGGAUUCAGGAGCUCGAGGAGGAGGUGGCCUCCUUGCGGCAGCAGGCAUCCUGGACACAGGAGCGUCGAGAGCCAGGCUCCUGCCGGACUCACAUGGGAAACAGAACCUCCAAGUACUUAGAGGCCGAUGCUCUGGAGCUUGUGGUGCCCAGUGGACGGAGGGCUGGGACUGGAUCUCAGGGGCUAGACUCCCCUGCUGAAGGCCGGUGCCCAGGGGCGGCCCGGAGAGGACAGGGGGACCUUCAGUGCCCUCACUGCCUGCGGAGCUUUGGUGAUGAGCAAGGCGAGGAGCUCUUCAGGCACGUGGCCGAGUGCUGCCAGUGAGCCCAAUGCCGGGAGUGGGGAGAGCCCUCGAGAUCUGGGGACCAGAAUGGGCUGAGGGGCUUCUGAUCCAUCUUGGUCUUCCUUGGGUGAUGGAACAGACUGGGGACAUCUCCGGGAGGGAG